AUGCCAGAUGAAGUCUCCCGAGUGAUGACCUGCCAGUGGACCAGUGAAAACCAGAGCGUCGUCCUGGAGGUUCCUGACGAUGAGAAUUCCAAGUCGACCUCGGACAGCGAGAGGUGCACUUGGGCAGAGUUGCUGGCCGAGAUGGAGGAAAACAAGGUGACAGAUCCAACCAUCAAUUUGCACGAGCUGCACGCUCCAGUCAUGGAUGAUGCAGGUCAGACUGGUUCGCAGCGCUACUUGAUCAAACCAAAGGCCACACCAAUCUAUUUCCAAUACUCUGCAGUAGCUGGUGGGAACUACAAGUACACCAACAUUGCUUCGGCUUUCACUGGUGAAGAAUUGGAUGCGAGCCGACUGCUUGUGAAAGUUUGGCGAGUCAUGUACGACAAGCCCAGCAAUGCCCCUUGGCAUUAUCAUCGUACCAUACUUGACAUAGGUAAGCCGUUGUAUUUUCCGGCCACUGACAUCGAGAUGCCGGAGGGUGGGGUGGUGCUCUUUCGGGAAGCGAAGGGCAAGCCUGGACAGCAGGAUGCGGUGCGACUGCUGUGUAGCGUGGAGCGACAGAAACAGGGCCCCGAUUUUUCCAUCGACAAGAUCCAGGCUGAGCUACGUAGCUGUCGCGACAGCGAGGACAAGCGAGGCCAGGGUGCUAUGCUUCUGGCCUUAGCCGAAGCUCAAUUGGCCAAGGCCUUGGCCGGUGAGGCUUUAAGCAACAUCGAAGAAGCUCUCCCCUUGCUUAGAGCUGCCGGAGACAAGAGGCUGGAAGCCUUCGGCAACGUCCUGGCAGCCCAGGCGCAGCUGCGCCGCGCCAGCGCCAAGGACGCGGCGCUCUCGGCGGAGGCGGCCGUGGCGCUGUACAAAGACGCCGGAGAUCGGCCCGGGGAAGGAAAGUCCUACAACUGCCUCUCCCUGGCCCAGAUGGACUUGGGUCGCGCUUCCGAAGCCCUCAGCGCAGCACAUGCAGCGCUGGAAAUCGCCAAUGAACUGGAAAGUCAACGCCUGCAGGCCAAUGCCUUGCAACUGAUUUCCACAGUGCACCUCUUCAAGGAGAAGAGUCGCCCGGCGGUGCAGUACGCCGAGCGCGCCCUGGCGGUCUGCCGACGCGGCGCCUCGUCGAAGGCCGAAGGUGCGGCGUUGCGACUCCUGGUGAAGUCCCUCAUUUAUCGGGGCGACCUGCAACGGGCCUUGAAGGAGGCCGAAGGCGCCCUGGAAGACUACGCCGCCGCCGGCAUCGCCACGGCCGAGGCCGCCGCGCAUGGAGCGCUGGCGUCGGUGAGGCAGGCGAGGAACGAGGUGGAGCUGGCCAUCAGUGAGCAAAAUCAAGAAUUGGACAUCUUAAAGGAGCUUGGUGACCGUCCCGGGCAGUUGGACGGUUUGCUGCUGCUGUCGCAGCUGCACGUGCAAAAGAAGCAAGCAGGGCUGGCGAAAGAACGGGCAGAGGAAGCCAAACAGCUGGCAGAUGACCUGCAGGACAAGAAGGCCGAAGUCUUAGCGACGGUCGCCUUGGUCCACGCCCAGCUGGUGGACGCCAAACACGAGGACGCCCUGAACACGGCGCAGGAGGCGCUCCGCGCAGCGCAGGAGACCGAAGACAGGCACCUGGAAGUGGCUGCCCUGACAGCCAUCAGCAAAGCCUCAGGCGCUAAGGGCGAACAUGCCAAUGGCAUCAGUAAACUCAUGGAGGCCAAGGCUCUCUUAAUGGAGGCAGGCGACAAGCGCGGUGCCGCCGCGGCAGCGCUGACCUUGGCAGAGGCCCAGCUGUUGAAUCAACAGCCGGACGACGCCAUGAGCAGCGCGGAGGAAGCGCGAAGCCUCUGCAAAGAAAUCGACUUCAAGAAAGGCCUAGCGGAUGCACUGCAGAAGCUGGCAGCAGCGCAUUUGGCCAAAGGUGAUGAGCAAGAGGCCAUCAAACAAGCGCUGAUUGCCAAGAAGUACUGCAAGGCCAUUGAGGACGUCCGCGGCGAAACGGCGCUGCUCCACUUCCUGGCCUCGACCUCCCUGCAGCGCGGCGACAGAAAGGGCCAGGAGGCGCAACAGUUCCAGGCCAAGAAGCAACAAGACAGCGCGCAAGGCAUCGAAGCCAACAGACGGCACCGGAACUCAGCGCAUGAGGCGGUGAAGCGCGCGCGGGAGGCCAUGGCAUAUGCCAAGCGCAAUGCCGAUGUCUACGCCGAAGCAUCGGCCAUGGCGCAUUUGGCGCACGCGCUGGCAAUUUUGAAUCGCGGUCAGGAGGGGCUCGGCACCUGUCGUCGUGCGGAGGAUUUGUUUCGGGAAGUGGGGGCGGUCAGUGAACAAGCCUCGGCCGUGUGCCUGUCGGCGGAGAUUGCCAACUUGAUGGGCAACAAACCCAAGGUUUUGGAGCUGGCGAACCGCGCCUUGGAGCUGGCCCGCCGUGCGGAGGAUGGCAACGUGGAGAGCAGAGUGCUGGGCGUCAUGGAGCUCAUCAAAGGUGUCCAGAAGCAGGUCCAGCAGGAAAUCCCUGACCAGAUGUUCGCUGCUCCUGAUGCUGGCGGCACCGCGGGUGCCGCCUCAGCUGCGCCGGCCGUGCCGAAGGGAUUGGAUCCUGUCAUGGUGCAGCAGAAAUUGAUGCACGUGGUGGAGCAGGUGUCCGGUGGGGGCGACGAGGUGCAUUUGGACACACCUUUGAUGGAAUCUGGCCUGGAUUCCCUCUCCGCGGUGGCCUUCCGCAACGAGCUCUCGCGGCAGUUCGAGGGCGUCGGCACGCUGCCGGCGGCGCUGAUGUUCGACUACCCCAGCGCCCGCGCCAUCGCCGAACACCUGGUGGAUUGGCUGAAUUUGCCAACCCUCACCAUGCUUAGGGGUGACGUGUUUGGUCUUCGUUCCUGCAGCUCACGGACAGCCUCCAUGCUUGUUGGUGAACACCUCAGACUCUUCAGCGUCAAUCAUCGAUUGCACCUAUGGACCUCCCGCGGGCGUCUUGACCAACUUGGCAGUGAGACAUCGUGUGAGAGUGGCGCAUGCUUUGCUGCCUCUGAAGUGCUGCUACUCACCGUGCCGGUAGUGGCAGUGGCGACCAACCACCAGGACACUCUCUUGGCCAGCGCCGAUUCCCUGGGUCGCGUGGUGCUAUGGAGAAGGGUUCGAUCUGAUCCCGUCUUGCCGCGAAUUGAGUCCUCCAAGGCUCUUCACAUGGUGGACAUCGCGGACGAGAGCGGCGCCUUGACGUCUCGACGUUUUCCGGGCAACCGUGCCGUUCAUCGACGGCAUCGUGCUGACAGCAAACUAGUGUCAGCCUUGAUGCCGGCGGGGCGCCUCGAAGAGGUGACGGGUGAAGUGUUGGCGUCCAUCGAAGGCAUCCGAUCCUCCAUGGAACACUUCCAGGGCCGCCGCGAAGCCGCUGAGGACGUGUAUCGAGAGCAAGAUCCGGAUGCAUUGGAAGACCUGCAGCAGCGGUUGGCCUGUUACCGCUACGCACGGCGUAUUGAGCCCCCAGCACCGCCGCUGGCGAUGGAUCCGUUGUUCGAGCCGGCUCCACCACGAGCCUUUUCGCAGCUGGCGAUUCCCAGGCCAUCGGCAAGUCAUUUGGAGAGUUUCCUCCCUCAGCGGCGGAGGGUGAAGCUAGCAGAACAGGCGGAGACGAGGAGGUUGCGACUGGAGGCUGCCAAAGUCAAGCGGCAAAUCACCUUGCAGGAACACAACGAGAAGAGUUCCAAAGAAGUCGAUCGCUACCUGCAACGCAUGGAUCGCUUCGAGAACUACAAACGCGCCCUGCGCCCAGCAGCUUCUGGAGCUUCUGGAGGCUCCGGAGGAGUUCAGCGCCGCACAUCGUUGCUUUCUUUCAGCUUGGGACAGCAACUGGAGGAGAGGCGGAAGCAGUUCCUUCAGAUCUGUGCCGUCGCAGCUUUCUGCCAUCGCGCCACCAAUCUCCUGGAUGGUUUCAGUUCCCUCAGCCAGGUGUGUUUGACCAGGUUCAACAGCAUCGUGCUGCAGGAGAAAGGCAUCCAGGCCAAACCCUUCGCCAAAGCAGCUGCUCUGAUGAUCUGGCGCUGCUGCUAUGCCCGUGUCAUGCGCGAGCGGCUGCGAGACCUGCGGGACGCAUCGCCUGUGAGUCCUCGAUCUCCGAAGAGUCCUUCGAGUCAGAGCUCGCCGUCGUUUUUUCGACAGACGCAGGAGGCCCAUGGAUUCAAUGGACCCUUGCUCCGUUCCAUGCCAUUGCUGGAGAAGAAGGACGUGCUGCAGUUCUUGCGACGGAUCACCUUCAUUGAGGGCGUGUUGGAGGUGCGGCUGCGAGUGCGUCGCAAGCGUGCGCAGGCCAAGUGUAUUCAUUUGAUGCUGCAGAAAUGGUAUCCCUUUGCCAUUCAAAGAAUGCUGCGACAUGUCUAUGGCUGCGUGAAGCGCUUGCAACAUUUCCUACGCCGCGCCCUGCUACGGCUGAAAGCCAUCAGAGUCGCUGUGAAGGCUCAAAUGCUGCAGAUUGAGCGGGAACAGGUGGAAAAGGAGCUCUUGGAAGAGGAGGCUCACCACGAUGUCAAGCGGAAGGGUGGUCCAAAGGGCGUCACUCCGGAGCAGGUGAAUCGGGCCCUCUUGCCUGAAAGCUGGCGGAACCAAAUCCUGAAUUCCUUGCUGCGGCAGCGACGCCGGCAGCAGCUGAACCUCUUGCAAGAAUGGCGGGUAGAUAUGAGCACCUACCAUUGGGAGGUGUUCGAGUGGCGCAAGUCCAAUCACCAAAUACCAUGCCCGGUGAUGCCGGCCUAUCCCACCCAUGUGCCAUCCCAGAAGGUCCUGACCAAGCUCAUUGAGGAUGCACGAAAGCUGCGCAGUCGUCGCCCUUCAUAUCUCCCUGACCUGGCUCUGCUACAUCUGGCGCCGGCCGGGCCCGAAACCUGGGGCGAGGAAGGAUGGCACCGGCGAAAGGCCGACGCAGCGGACAGUGCUGGGCAAACAGAUGCCUUUAGUUACAAGGCGGUUGAGAUGAAAAUGCCGGCGCUGGGACUUGAGAUGCCAUCCAGCGUGUUUCUGCGGUGAGGGAAAGUAACACCCAGAAAAACUCGGAGAAAUGAAGAUUUUGGAUGAUUUUGGAUGAUCUUGGAUGAUCUUAGAUGAUUUUGGAUGAU